GCUGGUAGGGGGGCGCGGGGAGGGGGUCGGUCGGGUCCGCCAUGGCCGCGAAUUGCGCGGGGGCCGCGGGGACGGCGGCGGGAGCCGUGGCCACCGUGGGCUCGGCUCUGAGCGCCAGCAAGACCAAGACCAAGAAGAAGCACUUCGUGUGCCAGAAGGUGAAGCUGUUCCGGGCCUCGGAGCCGCUCCUCAGCGUCCUUAUGUGGGGGGCGAACCACACGAUCAAUGAGCUCAGCAAUGUUCCCGUCCCCGUCAUGUUAAUGCCCGAUGACUUUAAAGCCUACAGUAAGAUUAAGGUGGACAAUCAUCUAUUCAACAAGGAGAACCUGCCCAGCCGCUUCAAAUUCAAGGAGUAUUGUCCCCUGGUGUUCCGGAACCUCCGGGAGAGAUUUGGGAUCGAUGACCAGGACUACCAGAACUCGGUGACACGCAGCGCCCCAGUGAACAGCGACAGCCAGGGCCGCUGCGGCGCGCGCUUCCUCACCACCUACGACAGGAGGUUCGUCAUCAAGGCCGUGUCCAGCGAGGACGUGGCAGAGAUGCACAACAUCCUCAAGAAGUACCACCAGUUCAUCGUGGAGUGCCAUGGGAACACGCUGCUGCCCCAGUUCCUGGGCAUGUACCGGCUCACCGUGGACGGGGUGGAGACCUACAUGGUGGUCACCAGGAACGUCUUCAGCCACAGGCUGACUGUGCACCGGAAGUACGACCUGAAGGGCUCAACAGUAUCCAGGGAAGCGAGUGAUAAAGAGAAGGCCAAGGAUCUCCCGACAUUCAAGGACAAUGACUUCUUGAAUGAGGGUCAGAAGCUGCAUGUUGGAGAAGAGAGUAAAAAGAACUUUCUUGAGAAGCUGAAGCGGGACGUGGAGUUUUUAGCCCAGUUGAAGAUCAUGGAUUACAGCCUGCUGGUGGGCAUCCAUGACGUGGACCGGGCCGAGCAGGAGGAGAUGGAGGUGGAGGAGCGGGCAGAGGACGAGGAGUGUGAGAACGACGGGCUGGGGGGGAACCCCAUCUCCUCCUACGGGACCCCCCCCGACAGCCCAGGCAACCUCCUCAACUACCCCCGGUUCUUUGGGCCCGGGGAGUUCGACCCCUCCGUGGAUGUGUAUGCCAUGAAGAGCCACGAGAGUGCCCCCAGGAAAGAGGUUUAUUUCAUGGCCAUCAUCGACAUCCUCACACCCUACGACACCAAGAAGAAAGCUGCACACGCUGCCAAGACAGUGAAACACGGGGCCGGGGCCGAGAUCUCCACGGUGAACCCCGAGCAGUACUCAAAGCGCUUCAACGAGUUCAUCUCCAGCAUCCUGACAUAGGGGCACAUCCUGCUGCAGGGCUGCAAGCAGGCCUGGGGGCUCCUCCUGCAGCCUGGGACAGCACAGACACUGCAGCAGCACCGGGGCACACCUGUGGCACCGUGUGGGGCACGUGUGGCACCGUGUGACAAAACCCAUCCUCAUCCUCGCUGCGCCCGCUGCACCUCUGGGUCUGGCGUUCCAGAAGUGCCCAGAUCUCAGAUUUGAGGGCUUUUCCAAACAAGCCAAGUGCAUUGUUCCAGCACGGCUCUCUCUGCCCAGUGACGUUUUCUCCUCUCUGCUGAGGGGCUGGGACAUGUGUGGCACUGUCCCCAAGGGGUCACGUUCAGCAGUGCCUGACUCACAAACCACUCCUUGUUUUUUGUGUUGUUGUUGUUGUUGUUUUAUUGGACUGGCUUGGCCAGAAAAAGAAAAAAAAAACAUCCCUUUAUUUCCCUCUCAGUAGGAAUUGGAAGGAAAAUUGCUCACCAUGUCAAGGAUGGAAAAUAUAACUCUGAUAAAAAGAAGGAGUUGCUGAACUUUAGGUAAAUUCAGACUGGGACACUUUAUAUUUUUUUGUUUAAUUUAAGUAAUGAAAAAAAAAAGGAAAAAAAAAACCACUUUUUUGUAACUGCACUUGAUUUACAAGAAAGAUGAGGGAAAUGAACAUCUACCAAAGAUGAUGUCUGAAAAAAUAAAAAGGUGUAACUCCUAAAAGCUAAAAACAAGCAGAGAACUGAGAGAGGCAUUGACCAACCUCAGCUCAUUAUGUGCUCAGACCUGGGGUGAUUUUAAUUGGCCAGCUCUGAAGAUUUCCUUAAAAGAAGAGAAAAAAAAAACAUUUUAAAAAAGGCAUUUUUGUACCUGUAGAUCCAGGCUAAGAUUUUGGGCCAUUUCCUCAGCCAGGAAUGGCUCUGAGGUCACCAUCACAAUCCUGCCAGUGUUAAUUAGCUAAUUAAUUAUUCAGUCUUCCUUCCCCACCUCACCUGCAACAGGUACUUGAAUCUGUGUCCUGACAGAGGUUGCUGGGUUGGUUAUUUGUGUUUUAUUUUUAAAAAAUGUGACUUGCACAGAAGGAAUUGGCCUGGCUGCCAGGGUGGAGUGCUGGGAGCUGGGCUCAUCCUGCUCCAAACCCCCUGAGCAACCCUCCAGGAGUGGAAAUGGUUGAACUCUGACACCAGAUUUCUUUUCCAGCCCCCCCGAAGGAUUUUGGGACUGAUUGGAAUGACUGAAAUCGUCCUGUUUUGUCUCCUUUAACCCUUUCACAGCCAAGCUCGGCAGCUUCGCUGUGGGUUUCGUUAGCUCUGCUGCACAACAGAACUUUUGGUUCUUUAUUUUGGGAUUUGUUGUUUGUUUUUAUUUAAUUUUAAUUUCCUUUCUCUUUUUAAGCAGGAUUUAGAGUUUUGAACAAACCUCUUUGCAGUUGAAACAUGUCGCUUAAUCUGCCUUGGAACUGUUUUUCACACAUGCCUUUGUUUGGGGAAUAAGCUGUUGGGAGUGUCUGUCCUGUGCUGUAACAGUUCUUGCUAUGUGGAAUUUUGGUCCUUUUUGAGACAUAACUGGUGCUCAUCACACCCUGGUAAUUCCCCUAAAUUAACCCUGCCCCUGGCUGGAUUCUGAAUGUGGGGUUUGGGGGUUUUUUUUUUUGGUUUUAUUUCCUCUUCACCCUCUCCCCAUUUCCCCUUCCUGACGUGAAUCCCCCCACAGGUCUCACCUUGGGAGGGGCUGAAAUUGAAGCCCCUGAGGGUGCACUGUAAAUAGAAUUUUGGAAAAAUGAAAAAUUAGGGGUCCUGAUGGGAUUAGAGGAUUUUUGGUAGUUCCCUUUGGCCUGGCACAAAUUUCUGCUGCCCCUUUCAUGUGGGAGGCUGGAGGGGUCUUAAGGUGUGGAGCUGGAAAAGCCACGACCCAAAUGCAGCUAAAAAAUACUUUAAAAAAGAAAAAAAGGGAGGACUUAGAGGACAUAAUCAGCUUUGUUUUGUGGGCAUUAUAUUGGUUGCUUCUCUCUUAAUAAGCACUUAAGUUUUACUGCUAAUUAGGAAUUAAACACCAAUCACUUUUUAUUCCUGACAGUUUUAAAAAACCAAAAAAAAUCUGCAUUGAAUCUGCAACUUUGACCUGGUAAGUUUGCCCUUCUCCUUUUGGAGAAAGUAGCUUGGAACCUGUUUUAUCUUGAAAUCAUAUUUUAAAAAAACCAAACAUAAAUAAAUAAAAAGGAGAAAGGGGCGGGGAGGAAGAGAGCAGGAGGUGGGUGAACACUACAGAGCAAACCCAGAGAAAGGGCAGUGAAGAUGGCAAAAUAUCUCCAUUAUUGAAUUCCAGAAUAAUGAAUAAGGAAUCCAGUCAAGAAACAGAGAAUUCCUGUAGAAAUCAGUGUUCUGACAAAAAGUGAGAGCAGGGAAUAUUUUCUUAUUCCAGACUCCCGCUGGGAUUAAAUUUGGCUGUUCCAGGUGAAUCUGUGGGGUCCCUUCUGUCCAGUUGCCAUAUUGUGUAUUAAAGUGAUUAAAUGCAAUUUUCUCACCUAAUGAUGUAUUACCCAGGUAUGUAACUUUGUUUAACAGAAGCAUUUUUGUAUAUUGUUUACAUUUGGAGAAGUAGCAUUACCUUAAAAAUGCUAAUUUUUGUUUCUAGACAGUAUUUUUUAUUACCAGAACAAGAAGUGAAGCUGCAAAUAUUUUGAUUUGUUUCUAAAAGGGACUUUCUGAUUGUUUUAUUUUCUUUUUGUUUUGCUUUGUUUUGUUGGGUUUUUCUCUUUUAAAUCUUGUUUUAGGUCACUUUUUUAACUCAAGUAUUUAAAAAAAAAAAAAAAGAAAAAAAAGAAAAACCCAGCCCUUUCAAUUCUGGUUUUACAGCUGCUUGUGCUAGUUUGUUGUCUGGUUUUGGUGUGGAUUUAAUUCUAGGUUUUGCUGAAUGUAGAUAUCCCUGUCCUUAGCAUGAACCUUGCAGAACACAUUGAACUGACAGGAUUUGCAGCAGAAUUCAGGAUUUUUUUUUUUUGGCCAAAAAAAGCAAAAUUUGGUCCAUUGGAGCUCCACAUAAUCAGUGAGCAGCAUCUCCCCCUCUGCAGUGCCUGAGGCAGGAGGAGCUGCAGGAUCCGAAUUCCCGAGGGAUUUAAAAAUCCCAAAAUCUGCUUUGAGCUGGGAAUUACCCCCUUCUCUGUUGGGACAGCCCCGAAAUCAGAGUGGGAGAGGGGAGGCAGAGCCAGCCCUGCUCCAGCAGUGCAGUGAAUGCACCGCAGAGCUGCUGGGCUGGGGACGGGGGCUUCCAGGGGCUCCCCAGGGCUGGGAUUUGGGGAGCAGCCCCAGGAGCUGUGGGAGCCUUCCCUCGGUCCCUCCUCACCCCUACCUGGCCUGGGCUCCAUCCUAGGCAUUAAUCAUGGAAUUAAUUGGGAAUUCAUCCCACGGGGAUGGAGUUCAUCCUGUGGGGACAGAAUUCACCCCAUGGGGACAAAAUUCAUCCUGUAGGCACAAAAUUUACCCCCCUGGUGACAGAAUUCAUCUCAUGGGGACAGAAUUCACCAUGUGGGGUUGAAAUUCACCCUGUGGGGAUGGAAUUCACCCCACUGGGGACAGAGUUCACCCUGUGGGGCAGCAGGGGGAGGCCACACUCCCCCAAUCCCAGCUUGGAAUCAGGAUCAGCACAAUCAGCAAGGAAAUCUGAACCACUUUGAGUCUUAUUUCCUUUUUUGGAGGGGGUUUGUUUUGGUUUUGGUUUUUUGUUUGUGUUUGGUUUUGUUGUUGUUUUGGGGGUUAUUUGUUGUUUUUUUGGGAGGAAAUCCCUGCUUUCCCAGCCGGGGCAGGCUCAAGGAGGUGAGGAGGUUGUGGUGGUGGAUAUUCCCAAUCCAUGACUACUAUGCAGUCCUUUUCCAGGCCUCCCUUCCAGCUGUACCUGGAAUUUCACCCCAGCUGAAGGAUUUUCCCCCAAAACCAGGGGGGUGUCCCCAGCAUGGCCACAGCCCCGAAUUCCCAAAUGUCCCCUUCCUGCAGAGCCACUCCCAGUGUCCCCCUCAGCCCCUGCCUGUUGUCCUGGCUCUGUGGGAUGGAUCCCGUGGAUAACUGGGAUGGCAGAGCUCUGGACACGUCAUUUUUAGUGGAAACCACUCAAAAUUUCUGCUGCUCUGGGGCUGCCCAAGCAGCUUGAUGGGAGUAGAGAGCAGAUUCCACACACAGGUCACGAGGGUGGGUAGGGCUAAUCAGUGCAAGUGAAUUGAAAACAAAAAAUGUGAAUAAAUUAAGUUUAAUCUAAAAACUAAAAAAUAAAAACCUAAAAAAACUAAAAAAAAAAAAUUAAAAAGUAAAAAAAAAAGAACAUUCUAGGUUUUUUCACUGCUGUUUUUUAAAUAGGAAUUUGAAGUCCUCUGUGCUUGUCUGUUUGCUAGGAGCAGUUUGAGACACUGUUACUGUUUUGAAAUGCAUGCAUGUUACAAGAUGAGUCUCCCACCAGAGAAAAAAAAUAAGAAAUAAAAUUAAAACUUUGUGUA